GCUAUGCAGUGUGUGUUUACAUGACGAAUGCGGAAUUUGGACUACAGUAGUAAUGUUAUACUUUCGUUUUCAGCGUUAACAGAACUGUGAUCUCAAGUAAUUAUGGCAGCUCCGCAAGGACAGAAUUAUGGAAUGAAUCAAGGGCAGUAUCCCCCAAACUACUAUCCUCCGCAACAACCUGGCUAUUACCAACCACCACCCCAAGCUCAAUACGCUCCUCACGCUUACUAUCAGCCUGGAUAUGGUGCACCAGGGACACAAGCAUUAACAGUGAUCCAACAGCCUGUUGGGCUUCCUCAACCCAUCGUUCUUAAACAGUUCCCUGUAACAAUGGGCUGUCCACACUGUGGGGCUACCAUUUCUACCCAGCUUGUUCACCGUGUUGGAAACACAACCUUUUUGUACUGUUUUAUCUUGUCUUGCUUUGGUUGUUGUUGCAUUCCAUUUUGUACUGAUUGUGCCAAGGAUGUUGCUCAUCUAUGUCCCAAUUGUCAUAAGGAGAUAGGUGUCUAUAGGCGUCCAGUUGCUGAAUCAGGCGGAGGGGGUGGUGGUGGAAACACCGGCUAUGACCGAAGCAAUGCCCAUGGUCCAGCCGACGAUUAUGUGGGUCCAUCUGAUGAUUAAUGGCAAAAAGAAACAAGAAGAAACAUGCAUGAUGGUUCAUCAAAUUUAUGGUCAGUUACUGAACCUUCAUGCAUUAACUUGCAUGCUAGCUUUGAAAGUCAGUUGUAGAUUGUGCAAAUGUAUGUGCCAUUGUAUUUAAGAAAAAGCAGUGACAUUACUGACUGAAUACAAUGUAAAUGUGUUCUUUUGGAUAAAUGUCUGUAACAAGUUGUUAUUAAUAGCUAUGCUAGUAUGCAUCAUUUGACUGUUUAGUAGUUUUCAUAUUAGCCUAGUGCUUAAAUAGCGGCCAGGAAACAUAGGGUUUGUAUUAUCAACUUUUGGAUAGCCAAACAUUUUGCCUGCUUCUUUACACAUGUAAAGAAUUUGUCCGGCCAAAAAUGAAUUUUGUCUGUGCAAAAAUAGGUUUUUCUGGACAACUUGGCAACUUAAAUCCUUGAGGCCACUGUAAAUGUAUCAGCUAUCUUUUACUAAUUUUGAUUAUGGUACUGUGAGAAGUUAACAACAGAACAGCAAUGAAAGAGAAAUUAAGAAACCUGGGAUCCUUGCAGUAGAUAAAAAAGAAAGGGAAGGAAACCUUUUUAAAAAAACCUUAAAGUCAGAUGUGAUACUUUAGGCAAGAAAGGGGAGGUAGAGAGGUGGAAACUUGUGUUUUGAUUUUACUUCUUAUAGAUUAGAAUCAACAGGAAAUUUAUUAUAUAAUCACAUUACGUCAUCUUGAACUUGUCAGAGUCAUUAACAUGUGCCAGAGCCUGAGUUUUGGUUGGAAGAAAACUACAAAUUCAGACUUGUCAACAGGUAUUCUAAUUGAUCUAGGUAACCAGUAUGGUAUUUGGUUGAUUCCUCACGACAGUUGCUAGUACUGGAUGGGUAAUCUGUGUCUCAUAAGGGCUCCUAGAAAGGUUAAGAUAUUGAUGUCAUUAAUGAGCCAACAGGGUUGAAAGCUACUGUAGAAUUCAUAACAAAUAAACACAAUAAUUCUUCUGAA